CAUUCAUGGCGAGAGAAUAUCGAGAAGAGAAUGAUCUUUGCGUAUUUGUCUGUAAUAUUUGAUCUUUGGUCAUCGUUUAAAGGCUGUUUUGAAAGAGUAUAACUCGUCAAUAGACAUUGAUAAUGACUUAAAGUCUUCGCGAGUUAAAUGGCGGGCAAAUUCAUGGGUUGUUUUGGUGGCAGAAGCAAGCGUAGUGAAACGAAAAAACGUAAAAUUCGAUAUGAAGGAAUUGAAAUGGGCGGCAAAAUGCACACAUUGGAGUGUACAACGCCAAUGCCUGAAGAACAAGAACUCAAUGCUAUGUUCGCUGAACUAGUGGUACGUAUGGACGCAUUAUCUUUGAUAUUUGGCGGAUUAAAUAACGACAUUUCGUUGUCUGUGUUGAAAUCAAUAAUUGUUCUAUCAUUGCUGGCUAAAUGUUGCUAAUUGUUUCCAACUAUUUCAUGAUUCGCAUUGUAUAUAGCAUUAUUUUACGAAAAUCCUUCAAAUAUUUCGAUUUGGCAACGAUCGAUUUGUUUAAUACUUUGCGUGGUGUGGAAUGUAUAAUAUUUAUACCUUUAUUUUCUUUUGAAUUUCACGGGAUGAAAUCCCGCUGUGCUAAAAUAAUAAACUUAAUAAUUUGGAAUCGAUUGAAGCAGCGAACCCUCUAAACUUUUAAUGUAAUCUACACUUCCGUCAUUUUAAAGGAAUGCUCUCCCGUCAAAACAGUUUUACAAUAUUAGUACGUGAAUAGUCUGUCUGGAAAAUGAAACCUUUAAUAUAUUGGUUUUUGGUAAAAUCCCCUACAGUAUGUGGUAAUUUGAUACUUUUAAUAAUUUUUUGCAACUUUUUGAAAUAUUAAAGAUUAACUUUAAGUGAUCUUCAAAAGAUAAAAUUUUGUGUGACGAAUGGUUUUAUUAUUACUAUACUUGACCUUUUGCGGAUACAGUAUGAUGGUUAGCUGGGGCUGAUGUUUUGUCUGUAUACAGAAUGGCAUCAGACAGAUUGUGUACAUUCAAUGCAUCUUGAGCAAUUUGACCAUGUGAUUAACUUGCUAAAACAUGUCUAGAAAGUGGACUGGACCUGUCCAGUGUAGACAGCAUUGAAUGAUUAACAUUCAAGGAAUUGAUUGAAGGCUUUAAAUAUAGAAACAAUGUUUUGUAUGACAGUCCUUUCCUCAUCCUUGUGUGAUAUUUUUCAGCAAGUUACGUCCUUCAAUCAACAUCCAAUAUUAACUAUAAUGAUGACGGCAACUUGUUUCAAGUUUAAAUAGUGAUAAGUAUAUGUGAUAUAGGAUGUAGUAAUCAUAUAAAAAAUAUGGAAACGAAAAUAAUGUCUGCCAAACUUUUGAGUGACUGGGUGGGUCUCUUUCCUCCAAGUAUAAUAUCAAAUGAAAGACUGUUUAGAAAUAUGACUGUGAACGUGCACUUUAACAAAGAAUGUCAAGCUCCCAUCUUAGUCUCUUUCUAAUCUAAAUACAUCUUGAAAUUUCCAGAUGAGGCAUCUGUGUUGGGACAUACUUUAGCUCUUUAUAUGUCUAACGUCAUGUAAUGAUAAAGACCAGCUAUUCAUUUCACAAAGUGAGGGAUGGAGCCAGCCAGUAGAUGUAAAUUAUAGUAAAUCAUGAUGUGAAUGUCUGAAAAGUUGGGGAUGCAGCCCCUCUCCCCCCCCCCCCUCCCCCGAUCUCCCCCACAAUCCUCCUCACAAUCCCCAUGAUAACAACAGUAUUAUAUAUGAAACAGUUGGGAAGACAAUUAAUGCUUAAACAUUGACUAAAUAUAUCUUCAAUGCAAGUAUUGUAUUAGCAAGCAUGCUGAGUUGCCAUAGUGUGAAAACAAAUGAUACCAUGCAUUAUAGACAGUGGGCUGUUUAAAUUGAGUUGAAUAUUUUAAAUAUUUACUAAAUUUUGAGUGGAAUUCUUUUUGCCAGUUGUGUUGCAUUGUGCCCCAAUGUACUCUGUCUGAUGCCAGACAAUUUUACUUGUCAAGGGGAGAGGACUGGGACUCAGUGUGUUAAUUAUUGAAAGAAAAACUUGGCUAAAAAGCUUUGGUUUAAUAAUUAACCAACAUUCUUACUAAACAUUUUGUCUUACGCCUCAUUGAGUGAAAAACGCAGUCCCUAUAAUAUGUUGAAUUAUUAACAAAGCAAGAAUGUAGUUGCUAUUUUAUAAAAUAUAUUGUGCUGUACUCUUAUAUGUCAGUUUCUCAUUUCUGGGUUUCCAAUUUUAGGAAGAACUUGACUUAACUGGAGAAAAUAAGAAAGCGAUGUUUGACCUCCCUGCUGAGAAAAAAUGGCAGCUAUAUCAGUCAAAGAAAAAGGUACUUGAGAUAUUGCAUCAUUACUUCACUCGAAAUGUCAGGAUAGUUGUAUAGUACGUGCUGAGGAAGUUUCAAGAUUAUUUUUUACAGUAUGGUUUAAGUGCUUGUAAAAGAGUUUUUUAAACUUCAAUUAGUUUUAAUCCUUUACAAUGCCACUUGAAAUACCAUCUUAAAUAAAUGCAUAAUGAUGUUUAAUUGACUGGAACUAUCUCUAAGAAGAUUAUGUAAUGUAUUCUUGUUACUGUAAGUAUAUGUGAUGAAGGUUGCUGGGCAAUGCUUUCUAAUGUCUGUAUUUUAUCACCAAAUCUUUUGAAAAACCUUUGUUGGUUUUUGGAAGUCAUAAAAAUACCAUGAAGACUACAUCAGUUCUAUAUUUAUAAAAUUAUAAAUAGAAUAUUAUAUAAGUAGAGUACUCAUUGCAUCCAUUGAAUAGACAGUAUGUACGGUAGUUCAGACACAACUCCCAUGACAGCUUCACUAUUCAAAUAUAUCUAUCAUAACAUUUUAACAUCACCCUGUAAAUAACAGCAUGUUAGAUAUGAGACAGCUGUGGAUUAAUAGAGAUGCAAAUACCUGGAAAAUACAAGGAGAACUUCAACGUUUUGAGUGAAGGCCCUUUGUUGAAAGUAGUUGACGAAGGGCCUUUGCUCGAAAUGUUGACGUUUUCCUUGUAUUUUUCAGAUAGUUGUAUCCUAUCACUUUGCAACUUUCUUCUAUUGCCACUGUACCUACACACUGAUCAUUCGAGAUUAUGUUAGAUAUUUCAUGCCAUUAUUCAAUAUAACCAGUUGACAUAUUUUGUUUCCAGGAUCAGCCAAGUUCCACAGACUACCCAGAAUAUUACAUUGAUCGCAUGUCAAGCUUGAAUUCUGUAAGAAAAAAUACUAGUUAAAAAUAAAAUUUGUAGCAAUGUGUAACAUUUAGUAUACAUUUGACAAUUUGUAACCUUUAAAAUAUACAUUGUAACAAUUUAUUUCUAAAUUUGAUACAUGGGCAUUAUUCCAUUUCACAUUUAGCUGUAUUUCUCAAGAAGCGAUGAAGAAAUUGAGACCCGAACAAAACUUGUUGAUGAUCUAAAAACUGCAUUAAGAACUCAGCCAAUAAGGUGAGCAUAUGAACUUUACUAGACUAAAAGCUCAUACAAUGUCGAUGCAUUAUUUGUUUACUUCAUUAAUUGCUUAGUGUAGUUUUGAAGAUGGCGCAUAUUGCCAGCUUGUUUUUAAAAUGUAUUAAUAUUUUCUAGUUUUGUCAAUGAUUUUAUUGAGAAAGAUGGAAUGCUAUGUCUCUUGGAUUUUCUCAAAAAUAUGGACUAUGACACAUGGUGUGUUUUGUAUUGAUAUUGUUGCUGAAAUUAGAUUCAUGGUUUCUUGUUUAGAACUAUGCAAUUAUAACAAUUCUAAUUUUAAUCUAGUGAAAGCAAGAUUCAUACUGCUGUCAUAGGUUGUUUUAAAGCCUUAAUGAAUAACUCCGUGAGUAUACUCUGUAUAUUAUAAACAUAACUAAAAUUCUGAACACAUAACAGUUGAAGGCUUGAUAAGGUGACAAUUAAGGUGUUAAAUUCUUUUCAUUUUGUAUUUUGCAGCAUGGUAGAAGUCAUUCCUUGUCUCAUCCUCAAUGUAUUAACAUUAUUGCCCAAAGUCUAAGAACUGAAAAUAUAAAGACCAAAGUUGCUGGUAAGAAUACACAUUCUUCACUCGGCUAUUUUCCCUCAGAGAGGACUGGAAAAGGUCAACUUUGAAGUACUCUCCAUACUCCGACAACAGCAUACUACCUUGAUCAUGGAGGUGAAAAGUACACCCACCCCACCCACCCCUAGUACUACCACUGUGUCACCAAGACCCUAUAUAGUGAAACAAGUUAUCUAGAAGAGAUUAAAAAUAUGAGGAGAAAGAUUUGAAAGCAUGUUGUGAAAUAAUGGCCUGAACAUUGUAUAUAUUCUGUUAUUCAUGAUUUUAACUUUUAAUUUCUUUUCAGUCGUGGAAAUACUGGCUGCAAUAUGUUUAGUUCCCGGUGGUCAUAAGAAAGCUUUAGAAGCAAUGACACAUUAUCAAGUAUAUGCUAUGGAAAGGACACGGUUCCAGGUAUUGCAAUAGAACUCAACAUUUUAGAUGUGGUUGGUGGCGAGAAAUGUUGGCUAUUUAUUGGCCAGCAAACUACAUCUACUGAAGAGAAUGAACAUAUUUUCAUAAUUCAUUUACUCUGAUAGCUGCAGACUGACCAUCAUAUAUACUGCACAAAAGUGCUUAGUGAAACUCGUGUAUUCUUUACUCUUUUUUUAGAGCUUAAUGCAUGAUCUUGACAGAAGUACUGGAAGCCAUAAAGAUGAAUUCAAUCUUAAAAUUGUGAUAAUGUCUUUUGUAAAUGCUUCACUCAGAUACGGCGCUGGCUCGGUAAGAUAUCAGACAUACAUUUUAUGUUCAAAUGUGCCUGUGUUAAUCUUAACUACUUGUUGUUCAAUCUCUUCACAAACAUAGACUUAAGAAUUGGUUUUUAAUUUCACCAGCCCAGUAAUUAAACAUUUUCCAAAAUUCUAUUCCUCUGUAGGAUCAUUUAGAGUUUCGUAUUCAUUUGAGAUAUGAAUUCCUUAUGCUUGGGAUUCAGUCGACAAUUGAAAAACUAAGAACAAUGGCAAACUCCAAUCUGGACAGGUAAGUAGUACAUACGAGUCCAGUGUCUGAACUGCCUGGAAAAGGUCAACUCUUCGACACUUUGAGCAAAGACCAGGAGGUUAUAGUAGUGUGGCUCUUUGCUCGAAAGUCCAAAGUAUCUUUUUCAGGUAGUUCAGACACCAACCAUGGCAGCCUGUUGCGUUUGAAAUUAAUAACCAAUAAUUUUAUCAUACUGCAUAAUUUUAGACAUUUGGAUUUCUUUGAAAUGAUGCGUCAUGAGGAUGAAAAAGAUUUGGCAAAGUUACUUGGUGCUGUAAGUUUGAGUCUUGAUGGUUCCUUGUUGAUUGAUUCCCAUGAUCUCAGUGUGCUUUACAUUGGUGCCAGCUUUAAAGUUUUAUUUUCCAGCAAACUGUGGACUUGAGAAGUUCUACAAACAUGGUGGAUGUGAUCAAACAAAAGAUUGGUCAAACUGAAGCUUUUCCUCACUUUCUCUCAAUUCUUCAACAUUUCCUUCUUUUCCCAAGUAUGUUGUUAUUACUUUCUUCCAAAAAACGUGUGCGCGCAAUCUUAAAGACAAAUAAAUACCAGCACUCUAUUGGUUAAGUAUCGUGCAGCAGAUGGUACAGUAGUCGACUGCAGUGAUCAGAGUGAGAAAAUAAUGCUCAUUGUUUAUUAUAUGUGGCAGUCUUGUAUUUGCUGGUAGAUAACUAGAACUGAGAGAUGCAGUUAAAUCCUGUUAAGGUCCAUCAAGAAAAAUUUCCAUGGACAGAAAAUUUUCCAAAAAUAUCAUUGUUUCUUCGAAAAUUUUCCAAAAAACUUCAAAGUUUUUUUCCAACGGAAAGUUUGUGUCGGCCAAUCACAUUUUACAAAAUUUUCUUUCUGCGGGAAAAUUCCUGAGUGGAAAUGGAACAGUUGUUAGAAGGUGAUAAAAUGUUUCCACUCCAGAUGACAGCAAGGCAUCGCGGAAGGUUUGGGACCUCACAGACAAAGUGGUUCAACAGAUCAGCACUCAGAGAGAAGAUGGUGGAGAUCCAGAUGUAGCAUUGCUCAAUAUCAAUGUUACUCAAAUACUUGAACUGUAAGUUCCAUACACAAGAUAAAACGCACAAGUUGUUAAUGUCCUGCACCAGAAUUAUUGCAAAGUUGUUCCAACAUGCGUUCGUACUGCAUUGUUCCCAACUUGUCAACAAGUUGUAACAGAGGUGUGUUAUAUCAAACUUGCUACAAGGUUGAUGACUCAACAGACUUGUUACAUGAUGUUGUGAUGUUACUCUGAGUGUAUAUCCACACCGGGCAGGGUUGAAAAAUAUGCCAUGCCUGGCCACGGUGGGAAUCGAACCUACGAUUGCCGGUGUGGAUAUACACUCAGAGUAACAUCACAAGCAUCAUAUUCACCUGAGUACAUUACACCAACACAGAAAAAAACAAGAUUUGUUACAUGUUAUUCCAGCAGCUUGUUAUCGUCCUCCAAUUCAACAAAUUGUGAGUGGCAAACAUGCAACAAUUUGGGAAAAUUACAUUAUUGUUACUACUUCUUGACGGGUAAACAAACCUUCUGUUUUUGAAAACACGUUUCAGGUUAGCCGAAGACGAAGAAAGGAAGCGAAUCGAAGAUGAGGAAGGUUCGGGUUGAUUUUCAUGAAUUUUUUUAAAAAAAUGAAAACGGUUUUAAUGCAAACCAUAGCGUUGUAUGAUUUGUUUACCAUUAUACUGUAAUAAUUUCUUUUCAUUUCUUCUUGACUUGUAGAUUUGGAAGAAAUGCGAGACAAAUUAGGAAAGUUAGAAAAAACGUUAGAAUCAACCAUACAAGAAAAGGUUCGCAUUAAUGUUGUUAAAUCGUCUAAUACUGUAGCUGUAUAUUUAUUUUUAGGCUUUUGGCUGUUGUGUACACGAAAGAAGAGAGUCGUAUCGUUUCCAGCUUGAAGUGUUCAAUCUACUACUUACUAAACGUUCUGUUUGUCGUUUUUCUUUCUCCAUAGGAUGAAGUAAGUGAGGAAAUGGGCAAACAAAAGAUCAGAUUUGAUCGUGAAACAGCAGAGAAAAAUGAAGCAUUUGAAAGAAUACGAGAACUUGAUGGCAAAGUGAACAGUGCUGCUAUGUUGGUAAGCUACUCAUCUUUAUUACGGAUAAAACUGACACAACUGUGGGAGCUUCUUGUGCGUUUCUUGCGAGCGCAUUACUUCACCUGAGUGUGUUUGAAUAUACGUUAUAGCCUGCGCAGCCUAGCCUGAGGCGUAGGUCCAGUUGCCUAGUGCAUUUUAAAAUCUGCAUGGCUGAUAACUCACGUGACUUUAAUAGGUUGUUCUAACUGCCCGGGGGAAGUGAUGGUAAUGACAAACCUUAAACAUUCCAAUGAGAAUACCAGACGUUUCGAGUUGGUAAAGAGUUUGGCAUGUGCUGCAUAGUCUGAUGAUAGAAUGACACUUGUGUGAACGAGUGAAGGAUACAUUGUGUUUCCAUGUUUUCAGAUUGACGCUCAUCAGAAAGUGAAAGAAAAACUUGAAGAAAUUAUCAAGAAAUGUGGCGGCACAAUCCCUGAAGAUUGCACUGUUGAUUACUUCGUGAAAAACAGCACUGGUGCCCCCUCAGAAAUACCAAACCUUGAGACAUCAGGUGGACCACCUCCGGCUCCACCACUAGCAGGAUUACUCCCCCCUGGAGCUCCGCCACCACCACCACCACCCCCCGGCGGGGCACCACCUCCGCCACCAUUACCGGGGGGUGUCCCACCUCCUCCGCCACCACCUGGGACAGGUAUACCAGGUAAUAUUCAGGAGGGAUCGUAUUUGUUGGAAGAUGUCUUGUUUUGUGUUUUGUCUUGAAUAUGAUGUUUGAUGAGAUAUACCAAAGCUUCACUGUACUUCCUGUUCGUUAAACGCUCUUGGCAAACAACGAAACAACCUCGUACCCAGGGCCUUCCUCCAGACCCUUUUGACCGCUGGAAGGCGCUGGGUACGAGAUGGACAAAGAAACAUUUGAAAAUUGCGAUGUUUUUUCCAAUGUUUACCCAUUUUUGAAAACAUUGUCGCAGAAAAAAAAAUUUGCUUUCCAGAAGUGGAGGAAACAAUAUAGUGGAAACAAUGUGUCCUAGUUUGCCCAGAGCUUAACUGUAUCACGUGUGUGAAUAACAAUGUGUGUGUAAAGGCCGUUUUCCACUUCAAGCGUAUCGUGAUGUAGCGUAUUUCUUUGUUUCCUGACCACUAGAGUGGAACUAAUGACUUCGACACAAAGAAAAUGCUACGGUACGAUACGAUACGAUAUGGUUGAAGUUGAAAACGGCUUUAAAAGACUCCUUAAGGAUUCCAGUGUGCAGUUGGAAAUUUUUUUCUAACCUAAGUUGACCUUUGACCUUACUAAUUAUAAAUGCAUCUGGACAAAUUCGAGGGAAAAAGUCAGUCAGUUGCAGUGUCCAUUUAGGCAGUCAGUUACGUAGGCAUUUACAAUAAUUACUCUGUCAGUUAGGUUACAGUAGUUAGCGAAGCAUUCAGCCAGCUUUUAGUACUGAUGACAACGCUAUCCAUUUAGGUCCCCCACCACCACCUGGAGCCCCUGGUGCUCCUGGUUUACCCGGAGCGCUACAGAAGAAAGUUAAUCGAAACGUCCCUAAACCUUCUCAACCUCUCAAGUCUUUUAAUUGGUCCAAAUUACCUGAUGUAAGUGUUUAUGAGUUUAAUGUCUUCACGUAGACGAAUUAGUCGACAAGUAAAAUAUGCUGUUGAAAGAUGCUCUUGUCUGAUUAUGAGUUCAUCUCAGUUGACUAUACACCUCAGGUGUUCUCCAUGGAAACCUCUUGGGAGAAACGUUUAUACCAGUAUAAAUAAAGUUGGUUUAGUUUAGGUUUCCUCCUGAGUAACACUGCAUCAAUAAGAGCAGGGCCUUACUCAGUGCACCUGCAGUGAGAACUAUUUUGAAGAGUUGUCCAGUAUAAAUAAAGUAAAUCAAAAUUCUUCUUUCAAAAUCUUUCUUCAGACGAAAAUCAAAGGAACAGUUUGGACAGAGAUUGACGACUCAAAGGUAACAUGACCCUUUUAAUUUGUUUUCUCUUACUUUUCAUGGUUAACAAAAUGAGAAUUGCAUGAUUUUGAGCAAAUCUUUUACAGGAAUAGCAGUUUAACUUUUCUUGUAUCUUUGUUGUCCAGGUUCAUCAAGUGAUGGACUUCACUGAUUUUGACAGAAUGUUUUCAGCUUACCAAAAGAAUGCUGACCAGGUUGGUUUUGCAAAAUGGAACCGUUUAUAUACGCCGUACUUUGAUCGAGGCGUGAUAUCAAGGUUACAGCUGGUUCUGAAGUUGAAUUGUUGAAUUUAAAAGCGAUUUUUUGUUUCUCGUUUUAGAAAGAUGGACCUGACGAUCGAUUUGCUUCUCAAACGAAAAAUAAAGAAUUGUCUUUAAUUGACAGUCGGAAGGCUCAGGUAGGUACAGAUACUGUAGAAACUUCAUAUAAAAACUAGAAAAUUAUAGAAUAUUACUUAACUUACUGUGAUAUACAUUAAAUACAGCUGAGGUAAAAUUAUUUGUUGAUCUGGCUUUGCAGAACGGACUUGAGCUAUUGACUAUUUUUUCAUUUAGAAUUGUCAGAUAUUGCUGUCGAAAUUAAAAACAUCAAAUGAAGUUCUUGCCAAGGCAGUUCUUUCCAUGGAUAAAGAAGACGAACUCUCUGUUGAAAUGUUGGAACAGGUUGCUCGACUAUACAAUUUAUUUUGCUGUUUCGAACAAUCAUGUCGUGCAUUAAAAUUUUCCACGUCAAUAUAUUACGUGGUUGUUUUUUUUUCAAUGUUCGUUUUCUUCAAAUUUUUUAGUUGUUGAAAUUUGUUCCUACUCCCCAAGAGAAGAAUCUGUUGAACGAUCACAGUAAACAGAAAGAGCAAUUUGCUAAAGCCGACAGAUUCUUAUAUGAAAUGUGCAGGUAGGAAGCAAGAAUUUGAUGAAGCCAUGUGCAGAAAUUGUGAAACGUUGAAUCUUGGUUAUUAAAUCACGAUGAAAUGCUACAUUUGGCCUCCGAAGUAGAAUAUUUCUCAGACUUAUUUAUUUUCUAGAAUUACUCACUAUGAACAGCGAUUGCGAACUUUGUACUACCUCAAACGUUUCCCAGAAAGAAUGGGAGAUAUCAAACCAAAAGUUAAAGGUAUGCUAAUCUCCCCUCCCCACUCCUAGUGUAUACUUUUGUAUUGCGUGCGGUGUGUGGUAGCGAUGUGGUAGCAAUUUCCGCACGCAAUACAAAAGUAUACAAAAUUUGCGAAUUUUGCAAGGCUAUAUUUUCCACAUUUUACAACAUUUCGCAACCAAACUUUCCAAUUUUAGUAUGCUCUUUCUAGCUGGGGUGAUUUAUUUGCAUCUCCUUGCCUAGUUUUAAAAUUAGUCUAAUGGGAAUUGUCAAUUGCGAUGCUCAUCUUUUUAUCUCUGUUAGCCAUGACGGAAGCAUCGAAACAAGUUUUCCGUAGCAGAAAAUUCCGAGAUUUACUCGAGGUUGUUUUGGCGUUUGGAAACUACAUGAACAGAGGAGCCAGAGGAAAUGCCGCGGGUAGGUGGUGGUGAUAGUACUAAGUAGUUGUGAUGGUAGUAGUGGUGAUGAUGGUCAUGAUGGUAGUUGUGGUGAUAUGGUGAUGAUGGUAGUUGUUAUGAUGGUCAUGGUGGUAGACUGUAGUGAUUAUGGUGAUGAAGAUGAUGGUGAUGAUUGUAGUACUUGUGAUGAUGGUCAUGAUGGUAGUUGUGGUGAUAUGGUGAUGAUGGUAUGAUUGUAGUUGUAAUAUGAUAGUCAUGGUGCUAGACUGUAGUGAUUAUGGUGAUGAAGAUGAUGGUGAUGUUGAUGAUGGUGAAAAUGAGAUUAAAUAUGAAGUUGACCUAAUCCCUCUCCAUUUUUCAGGGUUCAAAAUCAACAGUAUCAACAAAAUAAUGGACACAAAAUCAAGUUCAAAUAACAAGAUUAAUUUAUUGGAUUAUUUAAUUAUGUUACUGGAGCAGAAGGUUGGUCAACUCAGUUGUUUAUUUGUCAUUAAAAUAGAUCUUUGCUUUAAUUUCAGUUUUACCUCUUUUUAGUUUCCAGGCAUACUUCUGCUUGAAGAUGAAAUGGGUGAUGUUCGAACUGCUGCCAAAGUCAGGUGAGGAAGAGAAAUUUAAUAUUUAUGACUCAUACAGAAUUGGGGCUGAUUGUACGAAGGUUCAGGAUAGGCUAUCCACCGGAUAGUGAUUUUUCUUAACCUUGCUACAAAAAUGCCUGGAAAUCCAUACAAAUACGGAUGUCGACCUCACAAUCAGUAGAAAGAGACUUCGAUUUAUAAACACGUUAGUUUAAUCUGGGUUGUACCACUCAGCGGGCAAUUUCAGAAAGCUUGAAAAAUAAUCCGAUGAUGAGAUGUGAUUGCAUUUUCGGUUAUCAUUCCAUGUUUCGCGCACCAAUAUAGGUUAGGGUUAGGGGUUAGGUAUUAAGGUUAGGGGUUAGGUUAGGUUUAAGGUUGGGGUUAGGGUUAGGGUGUGUUAUGUGUAUGGAGGUAUCUAGUGAACUUUUCAGUACACUAUAAUAUCCAUUACAUAACGUUUACUAUAUUGGUGCGCGAAACAUGGAACGAUUACCGAAUUUUCCUGCUUUCAAAGCCCAUUUCCACUCAAGAAAAUUUUCCACGGACAGAAAAUUUUUUCCGGCGGAAAAUUUGUGUCGGCCAAUCACAUUUUACAAAUUUUUCUUUCUGCGGAAAGUGGAAAUGGGCGUUCAGAAGUGGCAACAUUUGUGAAGUUGACCCUAAUGCCCCCGUGACGUUGACUGAAAGUCACCAAUAAACAGCUAGCUAAUAUAUUCAAACUAGUUUUUCAUAUCUGUGAAGAUGGUUCUCAAAUAGAAAUAAUAUCUGUUUACUAUAUUGCUUUCUAUUUAGCCUACAAGAAAUGGAAAAGGAAAUCAAAUCUUUAAAGACAGAUUUUAAAGCAGUUGAAAAGGUAAAUACAAACCGCAAUGACGCCGCCAAAUUGCAUCCACAAUUGUUCCAAAUUGCAUCCACCAUCCAAGUGCAUCCACAAUUGUUUUCCAGGAGAGCAUGCCCCGCCAAGGCUGUUCAUUGUUGAACCCAAGUGUUGAAAUAUUUCCUCAUGUGUUUUGUUUUUUGUCUUUUUUCUCAGGAAUACGACUAUCAAUGCAAAAGGAAGGAUAAAUCAACGGGUGAUAAUUUUGUCCAAGAAACAGGCUCGUUUCUCACAACAACUAAAGCCUCGUUCACAGAAUUAGAUGAUUCUUGGAAAGAAAUGAAAACCAGAGUAUGUUUUUUUUAUUUCAAAGAUUUAUCUAUGACUAUAUCCCCAUUUACUGUAUUGUGUUGUUAUUUUGCAGUAUGAAAAAUCUGUGAUUGCGUUUGGUGAAGAUCCCAAGACUAUCACUUCGGAUGCAUUCUUUGCCAUUUUUAAUACCUUUUUAGUAUCGUUCGCUGUAAGUAUUUGUGAAAUACGAAAAAUUGUCACUUGAUUCGCUUAAACGACAAUUGUUAUUCAUUAUGAUUUCAAAAUUUUAGGAGGCGAAGAAUGAAAAUGAAAAACGAAAGAAGAAAAAGUUGGAAGAAGAAAAGCGAGCGAGGGAACAAGCUCAGGUAAUUGUUAAAGAACAUGUUUUAAAAAGAAACAUUUUCGUCAGUCUUCAAAAUGUUUUAAAAAGAAAAAUUUUUCAUCAGUCUUUGCGUAAACACAAAAGUUAUAGACGAACUAUCUAAAAUCUCUUGGAUUGCGCCGAGAUAGUUUUAGUGGAUGAUCCGUUUGUUUACAGCAUUAGAUAGAGACGAAUACACCCUUUCGAUAAUUACGACAUUUUGCCUUGGAGCCUCGCUCUUAUGAAUCGAGAGCCAAUCACCUUGCGUAAUUUACUAAUGAGAGCAGGGCUCCGAGGUCCAAACUGAAAUUUAUAUUUGCCAAGAAGAAAAUUUUCUUUUUCUACAGCCGAGUGAGCUGAAUAAUAUAUGUUUGUUUAUUAUAGCAAAGCAUUGGACUGGAGUAGCAUCAUUUCAAAUAUUUUCGACUUUUUACCAUUUGUAGCAAAAAGAACGAGACCGUCAGAAAAGCGUAGCGAAGAAAAUCGCGAGUGGUAAACAAGAAAACACAGCGAGUGAAAAGGGGGAAUCGAACAGGAGAGAAUUUGAUGAUUUAAUUUCCGCUUUAAGAACUGGAGAUGUGUUUGGAGAUGAUGUGAAAAAAUAUGGCGGUCGUAGAAAGAUUAAGCAAGGAGAGAAACCUUCUCCCAAACCAACUGUCCAAGAAAGAGAAAGGAACGUCGAGACUAAAAAAUUCUAGAAUAUUCUCCUUUCUUAGAAAGAGUGAUAAGAAAAUUCUGAGAUUGCCUCUAUUCUUAGAAAGCGUUCUAAAAGAUUUCUAAGAUAAUCUCAAGAUGUCUUAGAAAGAGAAGCUUUCGAGAAUGCAUGGAUGUUGUUCUUAAAACCGAAUGCUUUUUUAAAAAAAGUAUAUGUGGUUAUAAGAAGCAAAGGUUUUCAAGAACAACAUGCGAAAAUGCUGCGUGCAAGCUGAGGUGAAAUUCUGACCAUGUUUGACAACUGCUAGCGAUGCACAUUUUAAAAUUACGACAUUUCCAGCUUUGUAUCAGGGGGCCUACAGAAUACUAACUAGAAUUCUUCGUAGAAAUCUCCAUAUCAAUAUUUCUCAAAUUAACUUCUAACAGCAUAAACGAGGGAUGAUUUUGACCGAUAUAAUUAGAGUGUAUCAUUUUUGUACAGAUUAAGUUGAGUCAAACUUAGUAAAUGAUUAUAAGACACUAUGUGUAAUACAUGUAAAUCUUUAGUGAUAAAUUUAAAUAUUUGCGUUAAAUUUAACAUUCUGAGUUGUUCAGAAAUAUGAGAGAAUGAAAGAAAAUAUGAGUCUCGCAGUCAACUUUUGUUCAUUAGAUAGUUCAGAUAUAUUUUCUGCACUACUUUUUCAUUAAAGGCUCCAUUACUAUAACUACCAGAUGAUCUUGAUACGCGGAAAAGUACUGGCACUAGUUGUCAAAUAGAAAUCCAUUUUAUGAUUAAAACAACUGAAUAUCUCCUGUAAUAUUCUUUAUUUCGAUUCCAUAUUUUUGUCAGAGCUAUAGUUCUCAUAAGCAAACAUAAUUACAAAAUGUCAACUAGUUUCAUAAAGAAUAACGAAAUAUAUAAUUGACUGAAUACAUCAAAAUGGAUUUCUAUUCGGACAACCCUUUCUGAGCGCUGAUUGGCUAAAAUACGAACACGAGAUCACCUGGUAAUCAGAUGAGCG